ACCACGCGUAGUUACCGUGGCGACGCGUCUAACCGGUUUAGAUCCAUUCAAACUGUUUGCGAAGAUAUGGCCGCGCCAGGCGAGCUGUUACUAUCUUGUCUAGACCAGGAAGACUCCGAGAAGGAACUCGACAUACUCAUGCUCCCCGCGAGCCAAUCCUCGAACGCUCUGGCAAAUACGUGCGCGUAGAGUGGGCGGAGCCCUUUUCCGCGAAACGCGGCGGACGACGAGGGAAUGCUGUAGAUUUCGCCUACCGUUUCUGGCUCGCCGCUGGUAACUGAAACCUCGCUCGAGUCUCUUACCUAUCGCGUCUUCACGCUCGCUCCCCAAUAGAUCCCGUCGUCCGGGGCAGCGGGAUCUACGGAAAAUAGAUCCCGCGUUUGGACCAAUGAAAUUGCGCGAUUUCAAAUCACCGGGAUCUAAGUGAAGACACUGACAGGCAAGACCAUAACUCUGGACGUGGAGGCCUGGUAUACCAUUAUGGAUGUGAAAGCUAAAAUCCAGGACAAGGAGGGAAUACCACCAGACCCAAUACGACUGGUAUUUGCUGGUAAAGAACUGGAAGAUAUACUAACACCGAGUGACUAUAACAUUCAGAAUGAGUCAACUCUUCACAUGGUCCAGCGGCUACGAGGAGGGAUGCAGAUAUAUGUGGAGACACAGACAGGCAAGACCAUACCUCUGGAGGUGGAGGCCAGUGACACCAUUGAGAAUGUGAAAACUAAAAUCCAGGACAAAGAGGGAAUACCAGCAGACCAGCAACAGCUUACCUAUGAUGGAGGGCAACUGGAAGAUGGACAGACCCUGAGCAACUACAGUAUUCAGGAGUACGAUGUCAUUCGUAUUCUUUUACUAACAGGGGCAUUCCCCGAUGUUGAGCAAGCUGAAAUACUAGCACAGAAAGAGAUAGCAAUCACUCCAGAAGAGGCACUAACCUACGACUGGAAGCACCAUGGGUUCAAAGUUACGGUUCCAGCGGGUGCCCUUUGUGGAGGUGUGGAGCAGGGCACUGGACAAGUCAACAUGUAUGUCCAGGCCAGCUUGCAGGGGGAAUAUCAGUUUCCAGAUGAUCUUAGUCCUGUUAGUGGGGUCUACUCUAUCUCUGUUAAUCCCCCAGUCGAAAAUUUCCGCAAAAAAGUCAGUUUAUGUCUCCAGCAC